GCGUGGCUCAUGGAGCGCGGCGUGGCGGCGAACGUGUGGCGGCUCCGUGCGACCGGCGGCCACCGCGACCGCCGCCACUCGCCACCGCGGCAGGACGGCGACCGCGACAUGGUCGGGAAGAAGCGUGGAGGGCCGCGGCGGCUGGCGCUGUCCGAGGCGCGGGGGGCGUCGCUGGUGCUGCUGUACCUGCUGGCGCUGAGGGCGCUGGUGCACGUCUCGCACCGGCGGCUGCUGAGCCAGCCGCCCGCCACCGGGCCCCGCGACUUCAGCGCCCCCCGUGCCAGGGGAUAUCUUGACAACAUAACAGCAAUUGGGCCCAGACCAGUUGGAAGUCCAGAAAAUGAAGUUCUUGCAGUUAACUACCUCUUAGAACAAAUUAGGGCAAUAGAAAGAGAGAGCACAGGUGCUCACAAAAUAUCUGUAAACAUACAGAGGCCCACAGGCUCCUUCAGCAUUGACUUUUUAGGAGGCUUUACUAGUUACUAUGCAAACAUAACCAAUGUUGUAGUGAAACUGGAACCCCGAAAUGGAGCUGAGCAUGCAGUGUUAUCCAAUUGUCACUUUGAUUCUGUACCAAAUAGCCCAGGUGCCAGUGAUGAUGCUGUUAGCUGCGCAGUGAUGCUUGAAAUACUUAAUACGCUUUCAAAAUCAUCAGAGCCCCUGCAACAUGCUGUCAUAUUCUUAUUCAAUGGUGCAGAAGAAAAUAUUUUGCAGGCUAGUCACGGCUUCAUUACACAACAUGAGUGGGCCAAGUCAAUUAGAGCUUUUAUUAACCUGGAGGCAGCAGGUGUAGGAGGAAGAGAACUUGUUUUUCAAACAGGACCUGAGAAUCCUUGGUUGGUGCAAGCAUAUGUAGUUGCAGCCAAACAUCCCUUUGCCUCUGUGGUAGCACAGGAAGUAUUUCAGAGUGGUAUUAUCCCAGCAGAUACAGACUUCCGUAUCUACAGGGACUUUGGCAACAUUCCAGGAAUAGAUCUGGCUUUUAUUGAAAAUGGCUACAUUUAUCAUACAGAAUAUGACACAUCAGACAGAAUUUUAACAGAUUCCAUUCAGAGGGCAGGUGACAAUAUUCUAGCUGUCCUGAAAUACCUAGCAACAUCAGAUAAGUUGGCUAAAUCCUUUGAGUAUCGACACGGAAAUGUUGUGUUCUUUGAUGUACUUGGUUUAUUUGUCCUGGCUUAUCCUGCUCGUGUUGGCACUAUCAUGAACUAUAUUACAGCAGUUAUUGCUUUUUUUUAUCUAAGCAAGAAAGUAAUACAGCCCAAAACCAGAGCUAUGCAUAACCUGAAGAAAUUCUUUACUGCAUUUGGCUUAACACUGAUAAGUUGGAUCUGCACGCUGGUGAUAGUCGUUAUAGUGGCAGUGUUUGUCUCUGUCAUUGGACGGUCUCUUUCUUGGUACACCCACUUCUAUGUUUCUGUGUUUCUGUACGGCACUGCAGCUGCAGCUAAUCUCAUUCUUGUGCAUACACUAGCCAAGAAGCUUUUCUACAAGAAUAUGAAUGAACAGUACCUGGGAGAUCUUUUUUUUGACGCCUCUCUGAUGAUUUGGUCUACAGCAUUGGCUGUGAUUACUCAGAUGGGCCUUUGUUCUGCUUUCAUUUGUACAUUAUGGGUAGCAUUUCCUUUACUUACAAAGCUGAUGAUCCAUAAAGAAUUCAGCCAAAAAGGUGCCACAAUGAAGUUUGUCACAAUGUACAUGCUCGGAAUGUUUGUUCCCUAUGUGUACAUGAUGUAUCUAAGUUGGACUGUGUUUGAAAUGUUUACACCUAUCAUGGGACGAAGUGGGUCAGAAAUUCUACCAGAUGUGGUGCUGGCAGGACUUAUUCUGGUCAUGACUACGAUUCUAUCAUCCUAUUUUAUUAACUUCAUUUACCUUGUCAAAAGCACAAAAACGACGCUAGUAACUUUAACUGCUGUGUUUGUAGUCACUCUGAUUCUCGUUUGUAGUGGAAUCUUCUUUCCUUACAGUUCUGAUGCAGCUAAUCCAAGGCCUAAGCGUGUGUUUCUCCAGCACAUGAGCAGAAGAUUUCAUGACCUAGAUGGAAGUGUGGUUAAAAGUGACUCUGGUAUAUGGAUUAAUGGAUUUGAUUAUAAUGGAAUGUCUCACAUAACUCCCCAUGUACCUGAAAUCAAUGACACCAUUAGAACUCCAUGUGAGGAGCAGGCACCUUUCUGUGGCUUUCCUUGGAUUCUACCAGUGCAUUUCAUGUUCCGGAAAAACUGGUACCUUCCUGCUCCAGAAAUAAUUCUGAGAAGCCCAGUUCACUUCAAAGUUCUGUCCAGGGAGCUGAUGCCCCAGAACUCCAUAAAGUUAACCUUUGAAGUAUCUGGUCCCAGUCACAUGUCUCUGUAUAUUCGGCCACACGAAGGCUCAACUCUCUCUACCUGGUCUUUCGGGGACGGUGUGCCAGUUGCUAGCUUAGGAGGAGACUACUUUGUGUUUUACUCCCAUGGGCUGCAGGCGACACCAUGGCACUUUUGGGUGGAGCUGACGGCCCCAGAAAAACAUUCUGAUGGAAUAGUCUCCCUCGCCAUAGCAGCACAUUACUUUUUUGGGGAAGAUCAAAAGUCUCCUCAACUCCAUGCCUUACUGGAGAGGUUUCCAAACUGGACGUUUCCUUCUGGUUGGUCCUGCACUUACGACCUGUUUGUCUUUUAAUGCUGACAGUAACACAGCGCUAAUAGGGUGAUCUGUCUGAUGCAGAAUGCUAUUGCAGCAAAUACUUUCUAAUAAGAUGGCAGAGACUUUCACAAGAAUUUAAAGCACUUUGGCAACAAAUGGUGUUUCUUUGGCAGUUUGACUAUUUGAAGACUUCUGCUGUCUUGGGGAUAUAGUGACACUUUGUGUCAAUGUGAAUACAGCUCACCUUGGUUCUUCCACUGAAAUGGCAGUUUGGCUAGUUGUUUUCUUAAAAUGAAAACUGCAAUUGAGGAGGUAAUGUUAGCACAAUAUGGUGGCAAUUGUAAUGAAAGCACCUCAUGGAAUUAUUUUGAUGUUAAUGUAAAAUAUGCCAUACUUCACGCACAUGUGGGUACUGUUACCUGCCAAUCCUAUCCGUCCCAUUAAAGCAACAUCUUCAGCUAAAAGAUGUUUGUCCACAUGGGGUGGGGGCAGAGGUGGCAAAGUCCUAAGCAUUACUUUUGUCACUGGAUGAAGUCACUGAAAGUUAUGAUGCUCGUACGGAUGGCAUUUCCAGUCCCUGGCAAAUACACAAUGCUGGAGAAUCGGUGUUAUGAUGAAAUGUGGUCGUUAUUUAUCUAGAUUAUUUUUUUCAAAUAAGAUAAUUUUUAACCUUUCUGUUAAAAACGUAGUUCCUAUACUUUUGCCUGUCUCUUCAGUGUUAAAACUUGAGUAAGUUUGACCUAACUGUCAUCUUACAGUUUUGUUCCUGUUGGGAUCUUUCAGUAUCAGCGUAAAAGCAUGGGACUUGCUCUCUUGUAUGUAAGUGCUAAGUCCCUGCGCCUUUACAUGGAUGUCUUAUAGUUAAUUUACUCUAAAUUUCAAGUUACCUUCUAACUUAUUACAAUUGGCUAAUUUUUGGUAUCAUCUCCUCUGGAGAGACUUUUGAUAAAGUAACAGACAGGACUGCACUUUGCUAAUACAUUUAACUGUUUCUUAAAAUAAGGCUUGCUUUCCGUAAGAAAAAAUACCUAGAGGAGUCAUCUUUAAAAAGAUGUCUAGUAUCUUUGGUUUGCUCUUGCAUUAUUUCCACAGGAUGGGUUUUAUAAGUGACUGAUUUAGA